ACACAGACUCACAGUGUGCGGGAAAGAUAAAACGCUGCACCCUUUUCGAAAUCACAUAUUCGUUUGGCCAUGAAAAGAAGAGACCAUCGUUAUAUGAGAUAGACCGAAACGAAACACAGCAAAGUUCGGACUAACGGCGGAGCGAGUUGGACGGCUCGGUGAAGAGGAAUAAUGCGGCGGCGCGACGCAUCCUCGCCGGAGAGACCCGGGCAGCGACCCGCCGACCAGAUGUACCGGAACGGUGCGGCGCCCGCCGGCAGCGCCGCUGGUGACGGCAGCGCUCAGGAGUUGAGUCCCGCCGCUGUCAAUCACAUCCUCAUGGACUUCCUCAUAUACGUGGGUAAAACACUGGUGGUCUUCUACCCCGUGUAUCUGACGGGGUAUCUCGGUCUCAGCGUCAGCUGGGUUCUACUGUGCAUGGUGAUGAUCACUUGGUGGAAGAAAAAUCGCCGGUGGAAAGACGACCGCAUCGGAACCUCCUUACAGUUUGUGGACACAGAAACGCACGUGAUCAAAGAGGAGUUGAAUAAAACGCUGAAUAUGGCAACGUGGGUCAACUUCCCUGAUGUUGAGAAAGUAGACUGGCUUAACAAGGUGUUGGCGCAGGCCUGGCCUUUCUUUGGAAUGUUUAUGGAGAAGCUCCUCAAAGAAAAGAUCCAGCCGUCCAUCAGGCUCUCAAGCGCCGCCCUCAAAACCUUCACCUUUACCAAGGUCCACUUUGGUCACGAACCUCUCAGAAUCACUGGAAUGAAAGUGUACACCCAUGAAGUGGAUAAGAGGGAGGUGAUUCUGGACAUGAAUAUAAGUUACGAGGGUGAUGUGGACAUUGACACGGAAGUGAAGCCACCGAUCACGGCUGGUGUCAAAGGACUUCAGUUUCAAGGCACGCUAAGGGUAAUUUUGGAGCCUCUCAUUGGCCACGUGCCAUUGGUGGGAGGAGUCACCUUUUUUUUCAUUCGCCGCCCUACCCUGCUAAUCAAUUGGACUGGAAUGACCAAUCUCCUGGACAGUCCUGCUUUCAGUCAGCUGUCUGAAGAGACCAUCAUGGACAUAAUUGCCUCUUUAAUGGUGCUUCCCAACCGCAUGUGUAUCCCCCUCAUAGACCAAGUCAAAGUAGAUCAGAUGAGGUUCCCACUACCUCGUGGGGUGGUGAGGGUCCACUUGAUGGAGGCAAGGGAUCUCCUGGCCAAGGAUACUUACAUGAUGGGUAUGGUUAAGGGCAAGUCUGACCCUUAUGCAAUACUCCGAGUUGGCAACAGACAGUUCAAAAGCAAAACAGUUAAAGAGAAUCUCCACCCACGCUGGAAUGAAGUGUAUGAGUUUGUGGUGCACGAGGCCCCAGGGCAGGAGCUGGAGGUGGAGCUAUUUGAUGAGGACACAGACAAAGAUGAUUUCCUUGGGAGGUAUCAGAUUGAUUUUGGAGAAGUGAAGCGAGAGAAAGAGAUGGAUCAGUGGUUUCCUUUGGAUGGGGUCCAGAAUGGAGAAGUCCAUAUGAAACUCCAGUGGCUGUCCCUGCAGACAGACCAGAGCCUGUUGCAGGAGAAUGAUGACGGCUGUGCCUGUGCCAUGCUUGCAGUGUAUUUGGACAACGCCUCAAACCUACCAAAAGACCACAGUGAGUUCAGCCACACUCACAAACAUGGGAAGCAUUCAAAGGAAGCCAGGCUCACAAGGAGAACUGCCAAUCCCAAUUCAUUUGUGGAAGUCUCCAUUGACGAACAAAUUCAGAAAAGCAAGGUUGUGUAUGCAUCUAAAGACCCAGUGUGGGAGGAGGGCUUCACCUUCUUUGUGCACAACAUCGAGAACCAGCACCUCAUUGUUCAGGUCAAGGAGCAGGGGAAGAAAACUCUCCUGGGUGCCCUUAACUUGCCCCUCAGUCGUCUCCUCAACACCUCCAACAUGAUGCUGGACCAGUGCUUUCUGCUAGAACGCUCUGGAGCCAAUAGCCAGAUAAAGAUGAAGGCCACACUCAGGAUUAUUACUGUUGAAAAGCCGCCACCCAAAUUCCUCCCUCCACCACAACCCAAACCGCGAACUCUGCAGACCAACCAGAGAGGUGGCCCCUCCACAGCCACUCCUGCAACCUCCGCACCCUCCUCUGCCCCUCCUGCCUCCCCCACCAGCCCCGCCCAUGUCACAUCCCCGGCCCCGAAGGUUGGCCCCUCCAACGGCUUUGAUGGAGACUACACUGCCCACCGCCGUGACUCCUUCCUGGCUUCUGACGGCCGGCGAUCGGUUCCUGCCACACCCCACAUGCGUCGGUUCGACUCCCACAGCCUGCUGUCGGAGAAUUCCAUCACCUCAUCUCGCUUCGACCUUUCGGAUGGAGCACCCUAUCCGGAAGCCAUCAUGAACCAUCAGGGGUCAUUUGGGGAGAUCCAGCUGACAGUGCGUUACGCCACUCUGAGGAACAAGCUCAUCGUCCUGGUCAACUGCUGCAGGAACCUGUUCCGCUGCAAUGAGAAUGGCUCAGAUACUUACGUUCGUCUAUACCUACUCCCUGACCAGUCCUGGAGACAUCGCAUGAGGACACAGGUCAAAAAGAGGACCGUGAAUCCUGUCUUCAAUGAAAAGUUUGAGUAUGAUGUGUCACUACAAGAGGCAGUGACCAGGAAGUUUGAUUUGGCAGUGAAAAACAACAAAAUGUUCCACACACGGGAGAGAAAGGAGAUUGGCAUGGUCCUGAUUGAUCUUUCCCAUAUGGAUCUUGCCAAAGGAUUUACAGAAUGGUAUGAGCUGACGCUACCUGGGCUGAGGAAAUGCAACUAGUUGGUGGAGGUGUUGUACUGCAGUUCUCAGCAACAUGGAAAAGUCCUCAUCAGUCCUCAGAAUAAAUGCCAAUAUUUCUGUAGUUCACUUACUCUACCAGGGCUAGUUUUAAAAAAAUUGGCACCGUGAUUUGUCCAACUGAGGUGACCCCAAGCAAAUAUAAAAUGACAUAACUGUGCUUUUAAAAAAUCCAGCUCAAACUGCAAAGUUUUGUGAUUAUAAUUGGUUUGUUUAUAGACAAUACUUAACACCUACUUAAGAUGAUAUUCAGGUUUAGAUAACUCAUAUAUAUAUAUAUAUAGAUAUAUAUAUAUAUAUAUAUAUAUAUAUAUAUAUAUAUAUCAACCCAGAUACAGGAAAAAAAGUUUUAAUGCAUUGCAAUGCAUUAAAACUUUUUUUCUUGUAUCUGUGUGGAUAUUCCACUCCUCAUUAGUUGAGCACUUAUAACACCAUUGACGGUUUUGGGAAAAAAACGCUAUAUAUAUAUAUAUAUAUAUAUAUAUAUAUAGCCUUGUAUACACAAUCUAACACAAUUUUGAUACCAUAGAAACUAAAAUGGAGCAGACUACUAAAAAAAAACUUAACACGAUAAGAUCAUGCUUUAGCAUCUUAUAUAGCAUUAAAACCCAACAGUCUUAAACCCAUACUGUGUAUUUUGGGAUUGAAGAUUAUUUGUUUAUCUUAUUUUUAAGUGGCAAACAUAUGCCAACAUGCUGUAAAACAGAAUAUAUUUGGACAAAUCUUAGACAAGUACAGGGGAAUCCUCGACAUCCUUGAUUAAGUGGCAUUUGUUUGUCACGGGAAAAAGAUAUUCCAAUAUCAUGUUUAUGCAGUAAUGUUUGGUUUUCUGUUUAAGAAAGAAACUUGUGAAAGUCUUUGGCUAAUUUUAGAGGUUAUUCAUCAUUCUAAAAUAGGCUUGGGUUUUUCAGGGGGCACUUACUGCUUUUUUUAUUAUUUGAGAGUGAAUUUUUGUGACUUUUGGUGGAUUUGUAUAUAAAGAGCUGCAUUGAUAAAGGUUAUAAAAGUAACUUAUUUAACAAGCCAAGAUGACUGCAUCACUCUUAUGUGACAGUGACGUGAGGCCGGUACUGUAUUGCACAGAGGAAGGUCACAAAUUGUCACACACAUUUUCCAUGCACAUUCAUAUAUAUUUCUGUUGAGCAUAAUCACAGCCUUAGAUUACCAGCGGUUUCAAAUGUUUAAAAAAGGUAAUUGUCAAAUAUUUUUUAUAACCCUUCUUGUGUUAUUCUUUAACAUUUUAAGUAGUCGUGUUGGCAAGUCAUGCUAUUUGAAUAAAGAUUCUAUUAUCCACCUGUAGGUGGUGCCAUAAACCAGGUUUAAGUACUCCCAUAAAAGUCAAGUCAAGUCAACUUUAUUUGUAUAGCCCAGUACCACAAAUGACAAAUUUGCCUCAAGGGACUUGCAUGUUUAAGUGUUAUAUAUAUUUAAGGUUGUCUCAAAUCAAAAUACCAAAAAUUGAUUUCCAAAUUUGAGUAAAUCAAAUUAGCAAUGAUAAAAUGGCUCCCUUCAUUUAGGCUACAGUAGGAUUUACAUGAGGGAAAUUAUAUAAACUUAAGAAAGUAUGCAAAAAUUAUAUGUUUAAGAAUCUUCACAAAUCUUCACAAAUUGUUAUUUACUCAUAUUUUUUUGUAUUUGUAUUUCUGUUGGAAUCUUUUCCGCCCGUUGAGCUUUGGUAAAUUAUUACUCUGGACAAAUACUACAUCUUGUGUGUGAUCACAUUUUUGUGUGUGAUUGCCUCACACAGGUGGUUUAUUGUGUUGACUAAAACGAAUAAGGAUCGAUUACUUUAUAACAAGAAAUAAAGGCCUUGUGU